AUGGCCGCCGCCACCCGCUCGCUGGCCAGCCCCUCUAGGCAGGCUGGAGGAACGCCGCCUCUAUGGUACCCACCGAGAACAUUCCGAAGGCCGACCUACCGCCGCGAAAGCGCGUGCGCGAGACGCUCAGAGGCGGGACCUACAGAACACGUGACGGGACGAGGGCGGAACAGCGGCUGCGCGUGCGCUGGAAAAGCCUGCGUGGCCUCUUUCCAACCUGGGGAAAGCAGCAGCCAAGCUGCCCCUCUACUUCUCUCCCCCUUGCCUCUCUCAGAGGACCAGGUGGCCCAGCAGACCGAGGAGGUGUUCCGGAGCUACACCUUCUACCGCUACCAGCAGGAGAGAGAGGAGGGAGGGGAAGAGGUGCCCAUGGACCCGGAGAUCAUGGAGAUCCAGCAGGAGCUGGGCAGCAUCGGGAGCCAGGUGGGCAGGCGCCUGGCCAUCAUCGGGGACGACAUCAACAAGCGGUACGACGCGGAGUUCCGCCAUAUGCUGAAGUCAUUGCAGCCCACCAAGGAGAAUGCCUACGAGUACUUCACCACCAUAGCCUCCAGCUUGUUCGAGAGCGGCAUUAACUGGGGCCGGGUGAUCGCACUGCUGGACUUCGGUUACUGCAUGGCCAUCCACGUCUACCAGCACGGCAUCACGGGUUUCCUGCGCCGCAUCGCCCGCUACGUCACCGAGUUCAUGCUGUGCAACCGCAUUGCGCGGUGGAUCGCCCAGCAGGGAGGAUGGGUGGCUGCACUCGAUCUGGACAAUGUUUACAUGAAGUACAUGCUGGCGGUGCUGGCCCUGGUGAUGGUGGGGCAUUUAGUGGUACGACGCUUCUUCAGGCCCUGACCGCCGUGGGGUGGAGGCGGGGGUCCCGCCGAGCUCUCUCUCAAACCUCUGCUCCGUGGUGACGUCUCCCAGGAGAGGGGCAUUCAAGGGACCUCUGAGAGAGAGAGCAGCACGGACCCUUGAGCCUCCCACUGCAGGACACGGGGCCCGUGCCGCCCAGGAGAUGCACUGGGAGCUACAGAGAGAGGCAGGGGGAAGGAGAGGGAUCGGCUCUGCUGUCUGCUUUGUGCCUUGCUGGGCUGCUGAGGGCAGAGCAGCGCUGUGACCUCGUGGCUCACAGCAGUGAGGCAGCAGAUCAGGCUGCUCUGCAGGAACCAACGCCUUGCCGUGAGAGCACCUGUCUGUGUGUGUUGUGUCUGCUCUGCGCUGUUCUUAAGGUGCUCCUGGGGUGGGUGCAAAGCUCCUCGUGGCUGAUGGCUCCAUCCCACUACUGUGCCUGUAUUUGAAGAGGGAUUCCAACCUCGGUUGUGUUGUCUGUAAGUCACUGCAGGGGCGAGCCAGCAUUAGGAAGUGUGGGGUUUGCUUUCGUCUUCCCCCUGCUCCUGAGCCCAAGUACUUGAGCCUUCUCUUUCUUUAUGACAAGCAUCCCUUGCCUUCUUUAAGAACCACACUGGCUACCUGACAGUCGGUGGGAACACGGCAGGCUGCCCAUGCUCAACUGACAUUGUAGCUCCCCAGGGCUGGCACAGGUCCUGGGGUGCAGCUGUACCUCAUUGCCUGCUCCCCAGUCCCACUGUGAGCCCCAGAGCUUUGUGCCAGCAGGCCUGGGAAGCAUCAGUGGUUUUCCAAACACUAAAAAGCUGUGGGGCAGCUUGCAGUGGGUGCAGGCAGCCUGCCCUCCUCCCGUUCCGCCGGCUGCUUCUAUCCAGCACACUUGCAUGCUGCCCAUUGGGACCAGUGGGUGUCCCUCACUGCCAGAAGGAGGCACUGGGGUUGCACCACCGUGUCCCUGCUCCCACUGUAGGAGCUGGGCUGGAGGUGCAGAGAGCCCAGGGCACGUCUGAGCUGGGCACGGCACGCAGCCCUGUGCACACAUGGCUUCUUUGGCGAGUGGCCCGACCUUGUUCUGUUCAUGGCUGGUGCUUGAAGAUGAGCUUUAGUGGGGGGAGGGCAGCUGGCUCCUCUCGCCCAUCUCAGAUUUUUCUGACUUCUGAAAAACAGGGAAAACAUCCCAGCACAUCCCAGCACGGACUGCUUGGCUCAGCUCUGUUCCUUUUAUUCCAGGCAACUCUUUAAGGUCUGAAGCUGUGAUGGCCUUCUCUGAGCCAAACCCAUCCCGUACCAGCAUCACACACUUCCAGGGCAGCUCAGCAGAAGCCCUACCAUAAGCAGUGGGGCUGUGCUGGGGCUCCUACUGUAGGGGGAUCCCUGUGGAGCUGCACCCUGACAGACAGCAGCAGCACAACCCUGAGCAGCCUUCAUGGGAGCCAGGGGGCGAAUGGUGGGCCCAGGGCAGCCCUCCUGUCCCCCCAACAGAGGUAUUUCCUAAUGGAUGCCUGUCUGUCCUGUUUGUAAAACCUUCCACUAUCACCUCCCUGCAUCGAUUCCUACCCUUGUCUUCAGAUUUGUCCUCAAUGUCUUGGGACUGCUCUGCCCCUGCACAGAGGACACCUGGUAGCCUUGCAGGACCGGCCUUAAUUUUAUACCACUGAUAUUCCUCAGGUUCCUGGGUUUUAAUGAAACUUUUCAGCCUCUUUCUGUACCAGGGUCUUCCCAUGCUCAUCACUCCAACCCUGUGUCUGCAGUAUCCCUGCCCCUGGCGGAGUGCCCUGAACUGCACUCACUGGAAGGACAUUAAAAUAUUUGCUAUAUUCCUCUUUAUCUAUCUGUCUUGGUUGCUUUCCUUGUAAUCCUGAAGUGCUGAGUGUCUGCGGUGCACUGUGCCCAGAUUUUGCAGCUGUGCAGAUGCUCUGUAGUCCAUUUAUCCCCUUUGCAAGUGCACUUCUUUGCAUUUAACCACGCAGCUUCAUCUGCCAUCCUCUCAUUGCUCCACUGCCUCGAGCAGAGCUUGACAUUCCCUGACUGGUGGGAGCACAGACAGCCUGCAGGUCCCCAUCCCCACCUUCAUUUCUGGGUGAGAACACCACCAGAUGGAGCUUCUCUGUCACUGUGAACUACUAAUUGCUAUUUUCCUUUUCUCUCAAUCAACUCCGUUAUCUGCAUACCCCGCUGCUCUCGCUGGCUGCUUUGCUUUGGUUCCAGCAGGACUUUUUGCAGAGGACCUCGGGAAGAAAACAGUACAUGGUCUGCUCAUUACGUUGUUCACUACUUUACCAACACGCUCUAGGAACUCUAAGGGAGCACUGUGCUCAUACAAACAGCCCGAGGUUAUCCUCAUCUUCCUGAGGUGCUUCACCUUCUGAACCCAAUUCAGAUGUAAGGCCAGGGGACGUUAAAUAAAGGAGACUUUUCAGCUCUAUGGUAGAUGAUCAAGCCUUGAUGCAGUCUGUGAUACCAGAACUGAGAAGGGAGUUUUUAACCUCGGUGCUGAACAAAGGGAAGUUUCCAUUCUUAGCCAUAUAUUCUUUUCUCAGGGGAUUAAAGGGGGGACUGCCUCACGAUGUCAGCACGUUGCCUCCCUCUGCUCUCAUCUCUCCUUGCCUUCCUCACCCCUGGCACCCAGCAGGGAAAGGCUUGGAGUGGGAGCACUGCUGGGUGCUGCUCUGUAGCACUGUGUCCUAUUGCUGGGUGACAGCAGUGCUGGGUGCUGAGCUGGGAGUCUGGCAUGCAGUGAAGACACUGCUGGGCUCCUGCAGGUUCUCAGGAUAAGUCCAGGUGCUCCCCGAAGGGCUGGGUCAGCACGUUUAGUGCUGGGGAAUCAUGGUUUUAAGCAGCAUAAGCUUUGUUUAACCAGCCACAGGUGGCAGUUUGCAUUGUGGAUAGUGGAUGCUCCUCCUGUCACCUUCCCAGCUGCUGUGGUGCUAUGGGGUGUGGCUGCCACGUUUUGCCUUCCUCCCCUGGUGGGAAACCCUCAGCUGGGAAAUGAAAGCAGAAGGUGAGAAGGCUCUGCUGUGGCCUUUCGUAAGGAGAGGGUUGUUCACAUGGGCACAGCAGUUGGAAGGAAAGAGUGUGAGCAAAGUGACUGAAUCACUUUGGGGUUUGGUGGGCAGGGAUGCUGCUGUCAGCAGCCCAAGCUGGGCCUGCAUUUCAGGAAGGAGCAGCUCUGAUGCUCAGCACUCAGCACACAGCAGUGCCAAUGCCUGGUUUGUUUGCCCUGCACUGUGCAGGGAGGGAAGCCAAGUGCUGCAUCGCCUCUGCAGACAGACCCCAAUCUGUGGGGUGGGAUGGUUGCAGUCACUGCAGGAGGAGCUGCGCCCCAGGGCUUGCAGAGGGGGGUGCUGAGUCCCUGCAUGGGGAGGAUUUAGGGAGGAAAAGGGCUUCUUCUGGUGAGGGGUUCUUUGUGCCUAGAAGAGGUGCCAAGGGAGCACAGCCCAGACAGAAAACUGGAUUCAAGCAGAAGUGUGUGUUAGGGGCUGGGAUUUCAUCCAGGUUAUAACGGGUCCGUAACAAGGGGGUGAGAGGCUGAAGGAACAGCAUCUCUUUGAGCACCUGCAGGCAUGGCAGGCUGCCCACCACCCUGGCUUUCCCUGCUGGAUGGUGGAGGCUGCUUUCAGCUUUGCUGGUCAGCACCCCCCUGCCCUGCACUGAGCCACAACCCCCACCCAGCCCUCCCACCCCAGAGAGCAUCCUUGGUGCUCGUGCCCAGUUCAGCCUCCUGCAGAGCAUGCCACAUACUUGAAGCACACUGUGCUCCUCACAGCUCGCUCCCCAGUUCCUUUCCCUAUCCCUGCAGAAAGCCCUGCUCUCUCCCAGCACAGCAGGGCACACCGUGGACCAACGAAGCGUGCCUUGCACUGGAGGCAUCCCCUCUGGCAGCAGGAGGGGAGGAAGGAGCAGGCAGGGUCUGUGGUGAGUUGGGGAAGGAGCUGCCUGCAGACACAGGGACACGGCGGGUUUGCUUUUACCACAAAAUCCUUUCACAAAUAUUCCGUUUUAAAGUGAUGUAAUAUAUAUAUAUAUAUUUGAAAAUAAAAUGGUACACACAAUGCAAA